AAAAAAAUGAAAAAAUGAAGCUGGCGCUCCCCACCCUUCAGCCAGGGAGGAGAAAACGCAGUGCAUUCCUGCUGUGGGCCCUGCUGCCGUCUGCUUCCGCACGGAGAUUGAGGGGAAAAAAAACAGUGGAGGAGGAGUAGUGUGGUCAUCCAAAACACGAGCAAAACUCCAACAGGCGUGCACAGUCCCAGCCUUCCACAGGGAGACCAUGUCGUCUCCAAAGCCACAGGAGGGCAUCUGUGGCCUGGCACAGGCGGUGGGGCCUGAGUCUUGGUCUAAGGUUAGCUGCCCCUGCUGCAUUUCAGCCCAGGUAGAGCCACUGGUUCUGAUCCAGCUGGCUGACAAUGUCCAGCCCAACACCAAGCAGUGGCUCAUGGCCAUGAUCUCAGCAAAUCAGAAGUCUGGAGGAGCAGGAUUGUUGGCCCACCCUGGUGAGGAUGCCUCUUGGGGCCGUAUUGUGGUGGCGGCCCCUCGCUGCACCCUACUGAAGGCCACAGAGGACCUGGGUCUCUGCAAGGCUGAUAAAGACGGAAACAUGAUCACUUUCUCCUUUAAUGACCUUGACAACUUCAGCAGUGUUGAUGACAUGCAGAAGUUUCUGACUCUGGCACAGCGACAGUACAUAGUUAAAUAUCAGCUGGAGUCCAUGAGAGCCGUGAGGGACCAACGCAUCCCUGGAAUAGCGGGAGACAAGGGCGUCCUCAAAUCCAGACAGAACAUCUUUCAAAAGCUGCAGAAAGUUAGGGUAAUCUUGGAUGUUUUCCCCCUACGUGAUGAGAAGAAGCUACAAGCUCUUGGACGAGAGUGGUACUCUCAGAAACGCCUGUGGGGACAGCCUUUAGACUCCAUUCAUACUUACUUCGGCGGCUCCGUCGCAUUUUACUUCAGCUUCUUAGACUUCUACACGUGGGCUUUAGUUCCUCCUGCAGUUCUUGGCCUCUUCGUCACUUUCUUCCUCCCCAAAUGGGGGUCUACUGAUGGGAAUAAAGGUGACCCCUUUGUUCCUGAGGCUAUACCUCAAUCUCCAGAAGCGGACAGUGACCAGCCGGUCAGUGGCCUGAUGGUGCAGGCUAUUUUCAGCAUGAUCUGGUCCACCGUGUUCAUGGAGCUGUGGAAGCGACGCAGUGCAGCUCUCUCAUACCGCUGGGGGUCCAUUACACUGACUGAACGUUUCCAGGAGCCACGACCAGGUUUCCAGGGUGAUCUAGGGAUCAACCCUGUGACAGGCCGGUUGGAGCCCCUCUUUCCGGACUGGAAGAGGCAAGUGAGGGUGGGGCUGGUGUCGCUGCCAGUUGUACUGCUGUUCCUGGGCCUGGUAGUGCUCGGCAUGCUGGGAUUUUACUACUGUGAGGCAGUGAUGAGCAGCUUCCAUAAGGCCUCUGGCUCAAUCAUCACAGCGAUACUGUCGUAUCUGCCUUCCAUUAUUCACAUCGUCUACACCAACAUGCUGGGGAACAUCUACAGGAAUGUAGCACAGCGACUAACAGAUUGGGAGAACCAUAGAGAGGAAUCAUCCUACCAGAAUCAUCACACCCUUAAAGUUCUAGUGUUCACCUUUUUCAAUAACUUUGCUGUGCUGUUCCACAUCGCCUUCUUCAAACAGGACCUGAACCUCCUACGCAAGAGGCUGUCGUCGCUGCUGAUUCUCUCUCAGGCAGUAAAUCAGUUCACAGAAGUUUUCGUGCCAUAUAUUGUGGAUCGUUUCUACGGCUCAGCAGAGAAGGAGCUGAAGGAGGAUGACCCAGAGGCUGAUCAUCUCCAGGCCGAGGGCAGCCUGCCCCCAUUUCCUGGUCUGUUUGCCGAGUAUAUCGAGCUGUUGGUGCAGUUUGGUUACCUGAGUUUGUUCUCAUGUGUGUAUCCGCUCACUGCUGUGCUGCUGCUUCUGAAUAACAUCACUGAGAUCCGUGGAGAUGCCUAUAAAAUCUGCCGCCUGUUCAGAAAGCCCUUCUCACCUCCUGAGAGUGGUAUGGGGGUGUGGCAGGCAGCUUUUGAGGUGUUGGGGUUUGUAUCUGUUGUGUCAAACUGCUGGUUGCUGCUCCUGGCCCCUCGAGUUCAAGCCCUUACUGAUGAUGCUGGGCUCAGUCCAGCUACUGUGGUCAUCUGCGCUGUUAUGGUGGAGCAUGUUCUGAUCCUUCUGAAACUCAUUUUGGCCUUUAUGAUUCCUGAUGAACCGGACUGGGUCAGAAUAAAGAGGGAACAGAUUGAAUAUUGCUCCAUGAAAGCUGUCAGCCAAAAGAAAGUGGAAAAAACCAGUGUCUCUGAGCUUUGUCCCGCGAAAUCCUGAUUCCAGUUGUAUGGAGAAUGAGAAUACAAACACAGAGGUGGUCGUGUUACUUGCCUGCGAAGCCAUCGCAUUCAACCACAGUUUACUUAGCUUGCUGUUGCACCACAAGGUGCAGCGUUUCAAAGGGUAGUGCCAAUGGCCAUAAGGCAGUAUGGAUCAACCUAAGAAAUUGGACUCGAUGUCUCCCUCUGGAGGAUUACUGUGGUAUAAGAUUUACGAGAUCAGGGGAUCUUAUUAUUUAUAUUUAAGAAACUGAGCAAAUACACUUCCUGACCACUUUAUUAGGAACUCCUCUUUUGUAGCUCCACCUUGCAAAAAAUCAACAAAAGAUCAUCAGUCCUGUGGUUAGAAACUAAUGAUGGUAGGUGGAGCUCAUGAAGUGGUUGUUCAGUGAGUGGAAGAUGUACAAGGUAAGGGUGUCUAAUAGAGUGAGUUGGGAAGUGUAAACUAAGCUGGAUACAUGAGUUGGUGAGCUAAAAAUACAGUGCAAUUAAGGAAACCUGUGCUUACCAUACUGCAGCAUUUGCUUAUAUGAAGUUAGCUCAUUAAUGCAUAAAUCUUUGCAUACGUCCACAUCUUUGUUCAGCUGUGGUAUUUUAACUUUCUUUUUCAUUUUAAACCAAACUUGACUUUUAUGAGGAAAUGGUACAUAUGUAAUAGGUAAUUACACUGAACAAUGAAGGCUUUUACCACCCAAGGGAAGACAAAUUGCAUCACUUAUAUGCUGUGCAUUUAUCAAGUAUGACGAGUGUUUAUAUUCAACAUUUCAAGAUUUUAUUGUACUGUAUCUUCUAGCAACCAAAAAGUUUUGCUAACAGUAGUAUCUGCCUUACGAAGCCUCAGUUAACAUUAUGCAGUUGUCUAGCAUGUGUGAUUCGUUGCCUUCACUAAAUUAUACAUGCAAUGCUGAAGGGUGCUUUAGAGUGCAGCUAUUAUAAGAAAUGAAAUCACACCAGGGUUGCAAUGAGUCACUGUGCUAUACAGCAUUGUACUGAUGAUAAAUAAAACCAAACACUUUUA